AACCUUCUGGGGUUCCUAGGACCCUCGGACAAGCACUCUGAUCCGGAUGACUCCAGGUCCCAGGAGUUGCAGAAACGCCACCAGGACCUUCAGAGCACCAGUUAGACAAGGAGAGCCAGGAGGAGCCGGGCCCCAACCUCAUCCAAAAGCACAGACUCCCAGGCUGGAAUGGUGUCCUCAUAUGGAGGAAGAGGAUACUGAGGCCCAGAAAUGUGCCCUAGCUUUACUAGGAGCGCCCCCACCUAAAGAUCCUCCCCCUAAAUACACCCCCAGACCCCGCCCAGCUGUGGUCAUUGGAGUGUUUACUCUGCAGGCAGGGGGAGGAGGGCGGGACUGAGCAGGCGGAGACGGACAAAGUCCGGGGACUAUAAAGGCCGGUCCUGCAGCAUCUGGUCAGUCCCAGCUCAGAGCCGCAACCGGCACAGCCAUGCCCAGGCAAGAACUCAGGACGCUGAAUGGCUCUCAGAUGCUCCUGGUGUUGCUGGUGCUCUCGUGGCCGCCGCAUGGGGGAGCCCUGUCUCUGGCCGAGGCGAGCCGCGCAAGUUUCCCGGGACCCUCAGAGUUGCACUCCGAAGACUCCAGAUUCCGAGAGUUGCGGAAACGCUACGAGGACCUGCUGACUAGGCUGCGGGCCAACCAGAGCUGGGAAGAUUCGAACACCGACCUCGUCCCUGCCCCUGCAGUCCGGAUACUCACGCCAGAAGUGCUGCUGGGAUCUGGCGGCCACCUGCACCUGCGUAUCUCUCGGGCCGCCCUUCCCGAGGGGCUCCCCGAGGCCUCCCGCCUUCACCGGGCUCUGUUCCGGCUGUCCCCGACGGCGUCAAGGUCGUGGGACGUGACACGACCGCUGCGGCGUCAGCUCAGCGUUGCAAGACCCCAGGCGCCCGCGCUGCACCUGCGACUGUCGCCGCCGCUGUCGCAGUCGGACCAACUGCUGGCAGAAUCUUCGUCCGCACGGCCCCAGCUGGAGUUGCACUUGCGGCCGCGAGCCGCCAGGGGGCGCCGCAGAGCGCGUGCGCGCAACGAGGACCACUGUCCGCUCGGGCCCGGGCGCUGCUGCCGUCUGCACACGGUCCGCGCGACGCUGGAAGACCUGGGCUGGGCCGACUGGGUGCUGUCGCCACGGGAGGUGCAAGUGACCAUGUGCAUCGGCGCGUGCCCGAGCCAGUUCCGGGCGGCAAACAUGCACGCGCAGAUCAAGACGAGCCUGCACCGCCUGAAGCCCGACACGGUGCCAGCGCCCUGCUGCGUGCCCGCCAGCUACAAUCCCAUGGUGCUCAUUCAAAAGACCGACACCGGGGUGUCGCUCCAGACCUAUGAUGACUUGUUAGCCAAAGACUGCCACUGCAUAUGAGCAGGCCUGGUCCUUCCACUGUGCACCUGCGCAGGGGACGCGACCUCAGUUGUCCUGUCCUGUGUGGAAUGGGCUCAAGUUUCCUGAGACCCGAUUCCUGCCCAAACAGCUGUAUUUAUAUAAGUCUGUUAUUUAUUAUUAAUUUAUUGGGGUGACCUUCUUGGGGACUGGGGGACUGGUCUGAUGGAACUGUGUAUUUAUUUAAAACUCUGGUGAUAAAAAUAAAGCUGUCUGAACUGCU